AUGGUACAUCUCAAUUGUAAUGACAAGCUAUAUAGCAAAACGGAGUUGUAUCGACCCUUUGGUGAUUCAACAUUGGAUAAUAUGUAUAGAGUACCUUUGAAUUAUUUUAAUCCUCCGUCGAGGGGUCUGAAUGGUAAUCCUCCUCAUACAUCCCACGAGGAGAGAGCGAAUAGUGCAGUUAUUACUACAAAUGAGGAGGAGGAGAAGAAAAAAAAAAAAAAAAAAAAAAAGGCAAAAAUUCACAUGUGCUACAAUUGUAAGGCAUCCACGACUGGUGAAAUAAAAAGUACCCCCGACAAUACCAUCUACGUGAAUGACAAAUAUAUUAAUAAUUCCAAAAAGGGAAACUACAAACAUGCAAUGAUAAAUGUUAGAACAGAUGAACAUUCUACAGAAAGUGAUUACUCAGAUGCUAUUGAAGACACUGUUCCUAAUGUGGACAAAUGGAAGAAACCUCGAAAGAUAUUUAUGGGGAAAUAUUUUUUUUCGGAGAUAGAUAAUAGUUUGUUGCAUCCUUGGCAUGUGUGCCCCUCUACUACACCUCAGUCGGGUGUAGUGAACCCUCGCCUUGACUCCUUGCAUUAUUCAAUAUGGACGAAGAAAAAGGGACGAGGAGAGUGUGUAAAACCGGAAAUUAUCGUUCGAUUUUAG